CGCGAUUUUUAUUUGCCGACCAUUUGCAAUGUCCUUGUUCUCACAUGGAUGAUGAUGAUGGGUGAGACGAAGGUGAAGCUCGUCCUAGGACGGUUUUGGUCCAACGUCGGAAGCCCAACAGGGGCAUUUGAUCUUGGGCCGUGAAUGCGAAGAGAAGGAUCCGAAUCAAGUCAUCUUGGGCCAAAUUCUAAAGAGGACAACACUUUCAAGAUGCAGCAAUAACAACUGCGGCUUCACAUCCCCACGGUACGCGACUAACGAGAACAUUUCAGCAUUUGAGGCCUUCAACACAACAAUUAGGAAGAAAAAUUGAAGCCACUGGAAGGUGGAUCUGGUUCAUUUAAAACUUAAAUGGGUGAACAUUCAGUUUUUGAUAGGAUGAUGUGUAAUCUUCGUGCAACAUGCAAAUACUAUACUGGUUAUCCAAAGGAUCUUGGACCGUCACGUUUGAUACAUUUUACGUCAGAACGUGAGUUUGUGCAAUGUCUUCAUCAAGGCCAUCCGGUGGUUGUGGCAUUCACAAUCAGAGGUAAUUACACAAAGCAUCUGGACAAAGUACUGGAGGAAGCAGCUGUUAAUUUUCAUCCUCAUGUGAAAUUUAUGAGGGUGGAGUGUCCAAAAUUUCCUGGGUUCUGUAUAUCACGGCAGAAGAAGGAAUAUCCAUUUAUUGAGAUAUUUCAUAGUCCUGAACAGGCUUCUAAUCAGGGAAGAAUUGCUGAUCCUAAUAUUACAAAGUACUCUGUCAAGGUUCUACCCUUCAAUUAUGACCAAAGUGUGUACGGGUUCAGAGAAUAUUUCAAGCGCCAUGGAAUAAAGUCAUCAGAUCCCGUUUAAACGAGUAUGGGGCAACUUAGGUAAUCAAGGCAGCCAGUCCACUUGUAGAGAAUGAUUAAACUUUCUGUACAUUUUGGGUGCUCCCCCUUGUGUUCGUGACUUAGCCAUAUCUGAAGCACGAUGAAUCUAUUGAUAAAUACUUCAAAUUCUCUGGUUAUACUGUUUAGUCCUAGUUAACAGGCUAUUAAGUUCAGAUCUUUAAAUGAUUGCGUAAACAGUGCACUGUGGCAUUGAAUAUUAUUGUCAAGGAAUGUGGAAGCGACAUGCUUAAGCUUUUGGUUGGGUUAUUUGACAGAAAUUCAGACUUUUGAAUGAGAAACAGGGUUUUUUUUC